CAUGUGCGUAAUUUCCGUUCAAAAUGGCGGAUAAAACUAUGUCUAUUUCUGUUCCAUGUGAAAAGCCUAUAAAAGUAGAAAAAUGGAAAGUUAAACAAGGCGCUUUUGUAUCCCAAGGACAGAUAUUAUUUUUAUACAGUGAUUCGUCGGGCAAUAAUACUGGAUUUAAGAAGUUCAAAGCCUUACGCGCUGGUACUAUCGUAUCCAUCAAGGUGAAAGAAGGAGACAUUGCAGAGCCUGGAGGAUGCCUAGCCGAUCUGGAAGAAUGCCGUCAUCCUACUGUUAUGAAAGAUAUGUGUGCAGAGUGCGGUGCGGAUUUACGCGCCGAAGAACGGCAAAAACAGGACGUCGCAGUUGUCCCUAUGGUUCAUUCUGUACCUGAAUUAAAGGUGUCAGAGGAACUGGCUCAGAAAUUAGGCAGGGAAGAUGCUGAUCGCUUACUGAAAGAUAAGAAGUUGGUGCUACUUGUAGAUCUAGAUCAGACCCUUGUACAUACAACAAAUGAUGAUAUUCCACCCAAUGUUAAGGGUGUGCUGCACUUUUUCUUAAGAGGCCCAGGUAGUCCAGGAAGAUGGUGUCACACAAGACUCAGGCCAAGAACACAAGAAUUUUUGGAAUCUGCUUCAAAGAACUAUGAAUUGCAUGUUUGUACAUUUGGUGCGAGGCAAUAUGCACAUGCAGUCACUGAAUUGUUGGAUCCUGAGAAGAAAUAUUUCUCUCAUAGGAUACUAUCUAGGGAUGAGUGCUUUGAUGCAAGAACAAAAUCUGCUAAUUUAAAGGCGCUCUUUCCAUGUGGUGAUAACAUGGUGUGCAUAAUUGACGACAGAGAGGAUGUAUGGAAACAUGCAGCAAAUUUAAUUCAUGUGAGACCAUACUCAUUCUUUCAGUCUACUGGUGAUAUAAAUGCUCCUCCACCUUUAAUUGAAGAAAAAGCAAAGCCCAAUAAUGUUAAGAAUGGCUCUCUAAUACCUCAAUUGCCGACACUGGAAGCAGAACCUGAAAAGCAAGAAGCCACACAGAAUAAUGUCAAAGAAAAUUCAGAGAAUAAUGACACGAAUUCCAAGAUUGCUGAUAAAGAGGUAAAAGAUGAAGAGAAGAAAGUUAAUGAUAAAGCAGAAGGUAAUGAAAACGCACCCGUAACAGAGGCGGUGCCUCAAUGGAUAGAAACUCUAGAUGGGCAGAUAGAAAUAGAAGAUGCUGAUGAUUACUUAAUAUAUUUAGAAGAUAUAUUAAAGAGGAUCCAUAAACAUUUCUACGAUAUGUACGAGAAAAUGGAUCAUCAAACAAUACCUGAUUUGAAAUUUAUCAUUCCGGAAGUUAAAAGUAAGGUGUUAGCUGGUACCAGUUUAGUGUUUAGCGGUCUAGUGCCCACGCAUCAGAGGCUAGAGACAUCCAGAGCUUACUUGGUCGCAAGAAGUUUGGGGGCUGAAGUAACGCAGGAUUUUACUGAGAAAACAACACAUUUAGUUGCGGUUAGAUCAGGUACAGCCAAAGUGAAUGCCAGUCGUAGAAUGGGAGAAGGAAAAACAAAAGUGCAUGUUGUGACACCAGAGUGGCUUUGGACCUGUGCUGAAAGAUGGGAAAGGGUUGAAGAGAGACUAUACCCACUGCAAAGAGGAGGACAGAGCAGCGCGCGCCGGCCGCCCGCGCACUGCAGCAGCCCGCCGCCCGCUCCGCCCGCGCCCGCGCUGCGCAAGCGCACGCCGUCCGGCCGCUUCAUGGACACGCUCAACCCGCUGCUGUCCUUCUCCAGCGACGACAUCGCGGACAUGGACCGGGAGGUGGAGGAUAUAUUUAAUGAAUCAGACGAAAGUUCAUCAGAUGAUGAGAAAAAGCCGCACGAUGAAGAUGAUGAUGAAGAGAAUCUUUCAGAGGAUAGAUUACUAGCACUUGAAACUGCUAAUAACUCUCAAGAAAGGUUGCAAGAGAAAGACGAAGAUAACUCUAGUGAUUCAGAUACAGAUGCUGCGCCACGAAAACGACCAAGACCAUCAACACCUCCAUCUGAUGAUGACAUACCUCCCGACGAUGAUGAUAGUUCAUGGAACCUCAUGGGAGCUGCUUUAGAAAGAGAAUUUUUAGCGCAGGACUGAUACCAGCAUUAUGAUAUAGAAAUUUUGUUUAUUAAAUUUGUUUUUUU